AUGAGCACUCACGAGAACGAUCAGCCUCUUCCAGUCCCAUACACCUCGCGAUUGGGACAACCUCUUGAAGCUGGACAGACUCUCAACAUCCACGGUCGUAUCAAUGACGGAGCUGAAGUCGCUGAGGUCAACCUCCUCCAAGGUGGAACCGAAAUCGCUCCACACACCAAUGUGGUCCUUCACUUCAAGCUCAAUUUCAAGGAGAAGAAGAUCGUCUUGAACACCUACCAAAAUGGAACUUGGGAGAAGGAAGAACGAGAAUCGAAUCCAUUUAAGGCCGGAGAGGAGUACGACUUGCGCAUUCGUGUUCUCGAGGAGGGAUUCGAGAUCUCUGCCAAUGGCAAGAAGGUCCAUGAGUUCAAGUAUCGCCUUCCAUACCAGAGCAUCGAGUACAUCACCGUCAAGGGUGAUCUCACCUUGAGCGGUCUCCACUGGGGAGGACGCUUCUACCAACUUCCAUGGGAGACCGGAUUCCCGGGAGGCUCGCUCCGCGACGGUCAACGCAUCCAUCUCUACGGAAUUCCAAAGGGAGACCGCUGGUCUUUCGACUUGGUUGCUCGCAAUCAGGAUAUUCUCUUCCACUUCAACCCAAGACUCAAGGAGAAGGUUGUUGUGCGCAACUCGCACCGCAACGGAUUCUGGGACAAGGAGGAACGCGAAGGAGACUUCCCAUUCAAGAAGGAUAUCGGAUUCGACUUGACCAUUGUCAACGAGCCAUACUCGAUCCAAAUCUUUAUCAACGGAAAGCGUUAUGGAACUUUCCAGCAUCGUACUCAGGACCCACUCCAGGACUACAUCGGAAUGCGCAUCGACGGAGAGGUUGAGGUCACCGGAAUCGAAUUCUCUCAUUAA